AUGACUCACUCUCAAUACCCAGAGAAUUCACCGUCCCCCGAAGUUAGAAUCGAUUCGGGCGUACUGUCUGGACUUCCUUUUCCAAACAAUACCAGGGCCUUCCUUGGCAUACCUUAUGCAGCUCCUCCAAUCGGAGAUUUGCGUUGGCGGCCACCACAGCGCCCUGAAUCGUGGGAGAACGUGCGACCAGCCGUAAAGUUCGGUCCCAGCAGCCUUCAGUUCCCCCUCCCAGAGAAUUCAAUCUACCAGGGAGGGGAGUCUGAGUUUAGUGAGGACUGUCUCUACCUGAACAUCUACACGGGUUCAGGCGGCGAUAACCGACCUGUAUUGGUCUGGUUUCACUUUGGGGCUUUCAUCUUCGGGUCUAGCUCUAACCCCGUCUAUGAUGGAACAAAUCUUGCAAGAGAAGGACUGACUGUUGUUACUGUCAACUAUCGCCUGGGACGCCUCGGCUUUCUCGCACAUCCUGAGCUGAGCGAUGAGUCCAGCCAUAAAACCUCCGGCAACUACGGCAUCAUGGACCAGAUCGCGGCCUUGGAAUGGGUGCGAAGGAACAUCAAGGCGUUCGGGGGUGACCCCAAUAAUGUCACAAUAGGAGGUGCUUCUGCGGGGGGCGCGAGUGUUCACAUACUACGCUCCUCUCCGCUGGCAAAGGGGUUAUUCUCAAAGGCCAUUUGCGAGAGCGGACCAGGUGUGGCUCCGGCCCUUGAUGGCCAUGGCCAUCUCGCAGCUUACACAACACUGGCCUCGGGAGAAAUGGCAGGCGUUGAAUUGCUGGCCGCUGUCGGGGCAUCGUCUAUCGCGGAGCUUCGCAGAAUACCCGCCGAGACUAUCAUGGCUGCAUCUUUGCCCCGGGCAGAGGGACAAUGGAAAUCAGAUAUGUGGCAUGCAUCUACAAGCCUUAGUAUGUUUGACACUUCCAAUCCCAUUGUUGAUGGCUAUGUUUUGCCCGAAUCACCUCUGGCGACGCUGCUAUCUGGGAGGAUGUCCGAUGUCCCCCUUCUUGCAGGAAAUUCUCUCGACGAAGCAACUAGCUUGCCAUAUCUGGAUUCUCUCGUCGAGUAUCGUGCCUACGCGAAAGAGACGUUCGGUGAGCAAGAAGAAGAGUUUCUCCGCCUGUAUCCCGCCACAACCGACUCAGAGGUGCGCUCUGCAUGCUUUAACCUUCUCGCUGACCAGGUUUUCGUCUGGCCAACGUGGAGCUCGGCGGAGUUGCAGGCCAUCAAGAUGAGCUCUCCUGCGUGGUACUAUAGAUUUGCACGAGCACCUCCAAUUGCCGGGGAGGUAGCUGAAUCGAAGUCCGCUGGAGCGUUUCACUGCGCCGGUGUCCCGUACGCAUUCGGGAAUCUCAACAACUGGAAGAAUUGGGACUGGACUGACGCCGAUAGAGCACUCUCCAAGAGUAUCUUAGAGACUUGGGUACGGUUCAUAACAUCGGGGAAUCCCAACGCGACCGAAAUGGAUUCUCCUACUUGGCCUCCCCUUAGUUCUACGGGAAGGAAUAUCAGGAUAUGGGAUCUCGAGCCGAGGAUCGAGGUGCUUGAGUCACGUUUUGACCAGAUGUCAGCAUUUUGGAAAGCUCAUUACGGCGUGAACAAGCAUCUGUCUGCUCAAUAG